UUUCUGCUCUCAUUGUAGUAGCCUCUACCUUGCCAGUUUUAUUUUCAUGGUUUUACUGCAAGUAGCCUACGGUGUCGAUUAUUAUUUUCUCCAGCAGUGCAAUUACUUUGUAGGGGUUGCUUCAAGCCAUGAAAUCAGUCACAGGUUGCACUGUUUUGCAGCGCCUCAGAACGAGGGUCUUUGGUGCGAGCGCUUCACUGUCGCUGUAGGACCAGUUUACCUCAUUGUGCGUUGACGUUGCGUCGUCAGACACAUAGGCUAGACAUAAUAGAGUUUGAGUGCCUGAAUUUAAAUCAUUCUUGACGGACUGUACAUGCAGAUUGCACUUAGUUUUGCAUGGUCAAGAAAUAGUCAAAAGUUGCAGAAACCAGGGGAUCACCUAAGUGCACGGAAAAAAUGGAGAGAGAAGCGGCAUCUUUGAAGCAGCAAUAUUGCAGCAUAACUGUCAUGAACGUUAUCUCGUCUUUAUUCUCUGUGGCGUCCCUUUCCUUUUGCAUAUUAUUAAGUGUGCAAACAUCAGAGAUCACGGACAGGGUUCUGGAUUUGGAAACUGGACAUGGCGAGCAAAUCUUUCACGGAGUCCCCAGCUUUUCCGUGGAUCAGUUUAAUUCAUUGAUUCAAGAGAGAGUGGAUGAGCUCCUGUCACAGCGCUCCUAUGAAAAUUUCUCGAAGAUACGGAUUGCCCGACAAGUUAGCAAUACUCCUGAUUGCAACUGUCCCCCAGGCCCGCCAGGAAAGCGGGGAAGAAAAGGCAGGAAUGGCGAACCUGGACCUCCUGGUCCUCCUGGUCUACAGGGUGACAAGGGGGAUCAAGGCGACCAAGGACCGCGGAUGGUCUUCCCUAAGAUCAAUCAUGGCUUUCUUUCUGCUGACCAACAGCUCAUAAAGCGGCGGCUUAUUAAGGGAGAUCAGGGUUCGGCAGGUCCACCAGGGCCUCCUGGACCCCCAGGUCCGCCUGGCCCCAGAGGGCCACCAGGGGACACAGGCAAGGAUGGGCCCCGGGGAGUGCCAGGUCUGCCGGGAGAACCCGGGACCCCAGGAGAGCUAGGACUGAUGGGACCUGAGGGGCCACCAGGACAAAAGGGUUCCCUCGGGCCUCCUGGCAUCCCAGGUGUUGAUGGGCUGAAGGGUGACAUGGGAGAAGAUGGGCAAAGAGGUGAAGUCGGGGAGAAGGGUGAUGCAGGCUCCUCUGCUGCAGGCAUUAAGGGUGAACCAGGAGAGCCAGGACGUGGAGGAACAAAGGGAGAGCCAGGACUGCCAGGGCUGCCUGGACUUCCCGGGAUAAAGGGUGAGCCUGGAUUCCUAGGACCUCAGGGAGAACCGGGGCUCCCAGGACUACCAGGAACCAAGGGCGAGCGAGGGGAACUGGGCCCACCAGGCAAGGGAGAGCGGGGUGAGACUGGACAGGCCGGUCAAAAGGGAGGGGCAGGAGAGGCAGGGACCCCAGGCCCUAGAGGUUCAAAGGGCGAGACAGGAGACAAGGGAGACCUGGGCUCUAUGGGACCAAGGGGACCCCCUGGGCAGAAAGGUGACCAAGGAGCCACUGAAAUCAUUGAUUACAACGGGAGCAUCCAAGAGGCUUUACAGAAGAUUACCACUAUUACAGUGACGGGUCCCGCUGGGCCUCCUGGACUAUCAGGACCAGCGGGAAUCAAGGGAGAUCAAGGCAUGCCUGGCCUCCCUGGACUGGAUGGUGAAAGGGGUUUCAAAGGUUCCAAAGGAGACAUGGGAAUCCCUGGCACGUCUGGAGACAAAGGAACUGUUGGCUUACCUGGUUUACCAGGCGUCAAUGGAUUGAAAGGAGAUAAGGGUGAUUCUGGUCUGCCUGGUCCUCAAGGGCCCUCAAUUAUUGGCCAACCUGGAGCACCUGGGCCCCAUGGCCCCCCAGGCCCCAUGGGACCCCAUGGCUUCCCUGGACCAAAGGGGGAGGCUGGGAAUCAUGGUCUGAAGGGCGUACGUGGGGAGUCAGGGCACAAGGGGGACAGAGGAAUCCUGGGCCUCCCCGGAGCCUCCGGCUUGGACGGCAAGCCUGGAAUUAGGGGUAUGGACGGGCCUGUGGGUCCCUCCGGUCCAGCCGGGCCAAAGGGGGACAGAGGUGAGAGAGGAGCUGCAGGUGAACUCGGGCCAAGGGGACCUUAUGGACUUCCUGGAGCGGCUGGAACACCUGGCCUUGAUGGGUUGCCAGGCUUAAGGGGAGAGAAAGGCGACCCGGGGGAAAGAGGAGAAAAGGGGGAGAAGGGAAAGAAGGGCAAAAAAGGGCCUAAGGGGGAGAAAGGAGAACAGGGUGCCCCUGGAUUAGAUGCACCCUGCCCAUUGGGGUUCCGGGGCUUUAAGGGUGAAAAGGGAGAGCCAGGGCAGCCUGGUCUGGAUGGGCUGGAUGCCCCGUGCCAAUUGGGCCCAGACGGACUACCAAUGCCUGGUUGUUGGCAAAAGUGAUCAAUCUAACCCGAAAAGCAUGGAGUUUGUAAAAAAAAAAAAAAUAUUGUUGGGGUAUUUAUAAUUUUUUUUAAAUAUAAAAUAAAUAAAUCUAUGUGUACAAUGAAAAAGAGCAAAGGUCCAUCACUCCUAGCUGCUUCUACUCACCUCGCUCUGUGGAACGUGUGUCACUCUCACAUCCGCGUCUUGGAGUCCAGAUCUUUGGCCAUCGGCAGAACUUGCACACACACAAUUAUGUUUAGUCCUUGCAUGACCAGAGUGCUCGGGCACAGAUUGGAAUGUCAUGGCUAAUUCGGAUUCAAGGGGAGUAAGGAAGUCGUGACAGCAGAGGAUGAGGAGAAGGAGGCGUUGGAGGGAUCUGAACUGGCUCUUAACAGCUCUAGCUCUCGCGUUCACCAUCCAUUAAUGCCAUACUACUAGCUCAAAAGACUCCAUCCCAACAAAACACCCUCCACACCCCCCAAAAAGCAUGAGGACUGUCCCAAACUAUAUUUAUAUGUAUUAAUAAACAUAUUUCAUUGGUGUGUGAUCGAAUUGUAUGGCUUCAGCAAAACACUAACUGGCUGUCAAUCUUACCUACUCAAAAAAGACAACCCAGAGCUCAACAUUUUAUUUGUUCCUUUUUCUUUUAAUGUUCCAAAGGGAGUCACGCCUUGGCUGGUGGCUUGAAAAGAAUUGUUGGGUAGAGUUGGGUUGACUUUCUUUAUUGUGGUGAGAUCUGCAAUGGGUCAAUAGAUGCAGGUCUGCACCGUUGCACUUAUCUGGGUCCCAGGGCCCAUUCCCUGCCAACGGCCGCUUGUUAUUGGACUCAGAGGAGAGUGUGGGAGCUCAAUGCACUGUGCACAGCCAAUCGGAAAGGAGCUAGGCUGACAAGGACUUCGGAUUGAACAGACCUGUUUGAGAUCCCUUGGAGUAGGGCAGACAGUGGGCCUCAGCAGAGAGAUUACAAUCAUCUCUCCUGCCAAUCACUGGUCUCCAUGGAGACCAAGGAGCGUCUGCCUGUAACAAUGUUACAGUCACAACACUACAAGGUCAAGAGGGUCAAUGGAAUUCUGCAUUUUCAGUUAAAGUUUGCUCUUCUACUUACUUUAAAAAAUGUUUUAUGUAUAAUAGCCUUUGGUGCCUCAAGCUUUUGUUCAUUCCUUUAUGAGAAAUGUACAACUUUUAUUCUGCUUUGAGUAACUGGAAUGGUGUUUAUUGCGGAAUGGCAACCUCUUGUAAAUUGUUGAAGUAUAAAAACACCUACUUUGCGCACUGUUGUUAGUAUGUAUUGAACGUUGAUAUUACUGGGUGUUAAUAAUAUGGCAUGUACAUUAUGUAUUCAAAUGAAAAUAAGCUUCUGUGUAACGAAAGGGAAUUUGAGUUGGUAGCACAGAUUGAAGUAAUUUUGAUGAUUACACAGCAUCAGCUUUUACACUGAUUUGAAGAAGCAUACAGUUUGUGCAAACACCAAGUUAUAUAAUAUUAUAAUAGCACUUGUUCAUUGUUGCCAUUAAGUGGAAAAUACAGUCGGUGAGUUACAAUGUGCUGCACUGCAAGUUUCUUGUAUCUUAACAUUUAAAUGCAGUGUUUAUUUGCAGUAAUAUGUCUGCAACAAUAACAUGUUUGUACAUUAUGACCUGGUAAUUCAGUAUGGUACAUUUGCAGGUGAAAAUGCCUUUUGGAAAAAUCAUAAUUUUUUUGCUAGAUAAUUGUUGUUUUUUCCAAAUGUCAAACGGCAGUUUGCCUCAAUUGGGUCAUGUCUACACUACAUGCAACAUUCUACCUUUUUUCUAUAUACAGUACCAGUCAAAAGUUUGUACACACCUACUCAU